UUCCUAAAUUGGCGGGAAAAAUACGCACAGAACUUCUUACCCAUUAUUGGAGACUUUAAAGCUAGGCAUUACCUUUUUUUCUGGGAAGUUCGCGUGAUUGAUUCGAAUAAUCUAGACAAGUCGACAUAAAGCAGUGAAAUAUCACAAGAUCCUCUCAAACAAGUACAGUAAACAGAGCAUGGCACUUCUUUCGUCUUGUCAUGAGCGUGUCCCACGCUCGAAAUAAGACAAAGGAGGAUUUGAUUAGGCAAGUCCUGGAGGAAAUGAAGAUUCUGUUUGAGCAGAACCAAAGAGAAGUUGCACUAACAGUGGAAGGAGAAACUGGUCUGUUUUCUGGAGUUCAUCUGAGGCAUGCAAGUUUAGAGAGAAAUAAAAGAUGUCUCUUAUCCUACCUCUAUAAUAGGAUGUUAAGGAUGAAGGACCUAAGGUGGGAGUUUGGAACUGUUUUACCCGAAGACAUAAAAUAUAACUUAUGUGAACAAGAGGUUCAGUGGUUUACAAAGUACAAUAAAUCACUGGCAACAUACAUGAGGACAGUUGGUUUGGACCUUACACAGGACAUGAAGCCACCAAAGUCACUUUACAUAGAGGUGCGAUGUCUGGAAGAUUAUGGAGAGUUUGAAACAGAAGAUGGAACAGUCUUGUUAUUGAAAAAGAAUAGUCAGCAUUUCCUGCCAAGAUCUCACUGUGAACAUCUCAUCAGACAAGGAAUCCUUGAGCAUAUUCUGUAGAGCAGCAGAGUGAAUGGUCCAAUAUUCACCAACAAAAUUUGUAUUCUGUCAGCAAGAAAAUACAAACUCUGACAAGUUUUUAUCCUUAGUCAGAAAUAUGUGCCAUAUUGCAGCUAUUUAGGAGCUGUUUCAAUUUGUUUAUAGUACUGCUGAAUUAAAUAUAGGUGAAUGGAAAUAAUUGGAAAUAAAGACUAUUUUUAACAGUUUUUUAACUUGA